AGCUCAUCAGCGCUCGCGUUCAGUCGGGUCUGCUGAUUGCUGCUACCGGCCCGUCGACUCUCAUCUCCUGCGACCCACUCUGGAAAAAUGGGCCUUUGUUGAUUUUUUACCCCGGACACCAACCACACAAACGGCUCCUAACCAUCUUAUUUUGGAUGCCAAAGAUUGAAGUUCACAUCGCUUCUUUAACGACGAAAAAACUUCGCCCUGACGGCGAGGAGCAGCCUGGGCCCUUGUCGCAUAUGAAACCUGAUUUACGGCCCGGACCCAAAUCUUCCAGAAGUGUCGUCCUCUCCCUCCACCCGGUUGAUUGGAUGAGUACCGAACAGUGAGCCGACACAGAGCCAGACAGGGCAGCCAACAGGGGAGCCAGGCUAGCCAUCAUGGCCGAUGUGGACCCAGACACCUUGCUGGAAUGGCUACAGAUGGGUCAGGGCGAUGAGCGCGACAUGCAGCUCAUCGCCCUGGAGCAGCUGUGCAUGUUGCUGCUCAUGUCUGACAACGUGGACCGCUGCUUUGAGACGUGUCCCCCUCGGACAUUCCUCCCAGCACUCUGUAAGAUCUUCCUGGAUGAGAGCGCUCCAGAUAAUGUGCUGGAGGUAACGGCUCGAGCAAUCACAUACUACCUGGAUGUGUCGGCUGAGUGUACCCGAAGGAUUGUGGGGGUGGACGGGGCCAUCAAGGCGCUGUGCAACCGUUUGGUGGUGGUGGAGCUAAACAACAGGACCAGCAGAGACCUGGCUGAGCAGUGUGUGAAGGUGCUGGAGCUGAUCUGUACCAGAGAGUCUGGUGCGGUCUUUGAGGCUGGAGGUCUGAACUGUGUGUUGAGUUUCAUUAGAGAUAGCGGCCACCUGGUCCACAAAGACACACUACACUCUGCCAUGGCCGUCGUCUCUCGCCUCUGCAGCAAGAUGGAGCCUCAAGACUCGUCUCUGGAGACCUGCGUUGAGUCUUUGUCCAGUCUUCUCAAACAUGAAGACCACCAGGUGUCAGACGGGGCUUUGCGCUGCUUCGCCUCUUUGGCUGAUCGCUUCACACGCCGAGGGGUAGACCCCGCCCCUUUAGCUAAACAUGGCCUGACAGAGGAGCUGUUGUCCCGCAUGGCGGCCGCUGGUGGCACAGUAUCGGGUUCUACCUCCUCUUGUAAGCCGGGUCGACCUUCCACCGGAGCCACCCCCUCUGCUGCGGACUCCAAACUGAGCAACCAGGUGUCGACCAUAGUCAGCCUGCUGUCCACUCUGUGCCGAGGGUCACCGCUGGUCACACAUGACUUGCUGCGUUCGGCUCUGCCCGACUCAAUGGAGUCUGCACUGGGGGGAGAUGAGCGCUGCGUGCUCGACACCAUGCGGCUGGUGGAUCUCCUGCUGGUGCUCCUGUUCGAGGGUCGGAAGGCGUUGCCAAAGUCCACAGCGGGGUCGGCGGGUCGAAUCCCCGGCCUGCGACGUCUGGACAGCUCAGGAGAGAGGUCACACCGACAGCUGAUCGACUGUAUCCGCAGCAAGGACACCGAUGCUCUGAUCGACGCCAUCGAUACUGGAGCUUUUGAGGUGAACUUCAUGGAUGAUGUUGGACAAACGCUGCUCAACUGGGCUUCAGCUUUUGGCACACAGGAGAUGGUGGAGUUUCUAUGUGAGCGGGGUGCUGAUGUCAACAGAGGUCAGAGGUCGUCCUCGCUACACUACGCUGCCUGUUUUGGACGUCCACAGGUAGCCAAGACCCUGCUGCGGCACGGAGCUAACCCGGACCUGAGAGACGAGGACGGAAAGACACCUCUGGACAAAGCCAGGGAGAGAGGACACAGUGAAGUUGUGGCUAUACUGCAGUCACCAGGAGACUGGAUGUGUCCAGUGAACAAGAGCGAUGACAAGAGAAAGAAAGACGCCAGCAAGGAGGAGGAGGAGGGCAGCGAGCCUAAAGGAGACCCAGAAAUGGCUCCUUUAUACUUGAAGAGACUUCUCCCUGUUUUUGCACAAACUUUCCAGCAUACGAUGCUGCCUUCUAUUAGGAAAGCCAGCCUGGCUCUGAUCAGAAAGAUGGUUCACUACAGCAGUGAAGUUCUGCUGAGGGAGGUGUGUGACAGCGAGACGGGACAUAACCUGCCCACGGUCCUGGUAGAGAUCACCGCCACUGUCCUUGACCAAGAGGAUGAUGACGACGGCCACCUCCUGGCUCUGCAGAUCAUCAGGGAUCUUGUAGAUAAAGGUGGAGAUGUUUUCCUCGACCAGCUGGCUCGACUGGGUGUCAUCAACAAGGUGUCAACUCUGGCUGGACCGGUGUCUGACGACGAGAACGAGGACGAGGCAAAACCUGACAAGGAGGACGACGUGCAGGAGGACGCUAAGGAAGUCCAUCAGGGUAAGCCGUACCACUGGAAGGACUGGUCCAUCAUCAGAGGCAGGGACUGUCUCUACAUCUGGUCAGACGCGGCAGCUCUCGAGCUCUCCAACGGCUCCAACGGAUGGUUCAGGUUCAUCCUCGACGGGAAGUUGGCCACCAUGUACUCCAGCGGGAGCCCGGAGGGCGGUUCGGACAGCUCAGAGUCUCGCAGCGAGUUCUUGGAGAAGCUGCAGCGGGCGAGAAGCCAGGUGAAACCAGUAACAACCAGUCAGCCCAUCCUCUCCAUCGUCAGUCCCACAAAGCUGACAGUCGGCAACUGGUCUCUAACGUGUCUAAAAGAGGGAGAGAUCGCCAUCCACAACUCCGACGGGCAGCAGGCCACCAUCCUGAAGGAGGACCUGCCCGGCUUUGUGUUCGAGUCGAACAGAGGAACCAAACACUCGUUCACCGCAGAGACCUCACUGGGCUCUGAGUUCGUGACGGGCUGGACCGGGAAGCGAGGCAGGAAGCUGAAGUCAAAGCUAGAGAAGACGAAGCAGAAGGUGAAGAGCAUGGCGAGGGAACUGUACGACGACCACUUCAAAGCUGUGGAGAGCAUGCCCAGAGGUGUGGUGGUCACCCUGAGAAACAUCUCCACGCAGCUGGAGUCAGCCUGGGAGCUGCACACCAACCGACAGUGUCUUGAAGUGGAGAACACGUGGAGGGACUUGAUGAAAACCGCUCUGGAGAACAUGAUUGUAGUUUUGAAGGAUGAAAACACGAUUUCACCGUAUGAAAUGUGCAGCAGCGGCCUUGUCCAGGCUCUGUUCACGGCCCUCAGCAAUAGCGCAGAACUGGAUGUGAAGCAUGACUGUAAGCCUUUAAUGGAGAGGAUCAAUGUCUUUAAGGCAGCUUUCAGCGAGAACGAAGAUAAUGAAAGCCGACCAGCUGUUGCCUUAGUCCGGAAACUGAUAGCUGUCCUGGAGUCGAUUGAACGUCUACCUCUGCAUCUUUACGACACCCCAGGAUCCUCGUACAACCUGCAGAUUUUGACGAGGCGGCUGCGAUUCCGUCUGGAGCGAGCGCCGGGGGAGACGGCUCUGAUCGACCGGACAGGUCGCAUGUUGAAGAUGGAACCUCUGGCUACCGUGGAGUCUCUGGAGCAGUACCUUCUGAAGAUGGUAGCAAAGCAGUGGUACGACUUUGAGCGCUCAUCGUUCGUUUUUGUGAGGAAACUGAGAGAAGGACAGAGCUUCAUAUUCAGACAUCAACACGACUUCGAUGAGAACGGCAUCAUCUACUGGGUUGGAACCAACGCCAAGACGGCCUAUGAGUGGGUGAAUCCCGCAGCUUAUGGCCUGGUGGUGGUGACCUCUUCAGAGGGGCGUAGCCUCCCGUACGGGCGGCUGGAGGACAUCCUGAGUCGAGAUAGCUCCGCCCUCAACUGCCACACCAACGAUGACAAGAACGCGUGGUUCGCUGUCGACCUCGGACUCUGGGUCAUUCCGUCGGCGUACACUCUGAGACAUGCGAGGGGUUAUGGUCGCUCUGCAUUGAGAAACUGGGUUUUUCAGGUGUCAAAGGAUGGUCAGAACUGGUCCACUCUCUACACCCAUAUAGAUGAUGGCAGUCUCAAUGAGCCAGGCUCGACUGCCACGUGGCCUCUGGACCCGUCCAAAGAUGAGAAGCAGGGCUGGAGACAUAUCAGGAUUAAACAGAUGGGGAAGAACGCCAGCGGUCAGACCCACUACCUGUCUCUGUCUGGACUCGAGCUGUACGGCACAGUCACUGCUGUUUGUGAGGACCAGUUAGGUAAAGCUGUGAAAGAGGCAGAGGCGAAUCUUCGUCGUCAGCGCCGUCUGUUCCGCUCCCAGGUCAUGAAGUACAUCGUGCCGGGGGCGCGGGUCGUGCGAGGGAUUGACUGGAAGUGGCGAGACCAGGACGGGAAUCCACCAGGAGAGGGCACGGUCACCGGGGAGGCUCACAACGGCUGGAUUGAUGUAACGUGGGAUGCUGGCGGCUCUAACUCUUACCGUAUGGGCGCUGAAGGGAAGUUUGACCUCAAGCUUGCUCCAGGGUACGACCCUGAGUCGGCUACCACAGCGCCAUCACCCAAACCUAUCUCAUCCACUGUUUCAGGUCCCGCCUCAUCCACGGUGGGACCCUCUGUGACACCAGCGGCCAUUGGCGGAACCACCACCACCACAACUUCCACCUCCUCGUCCUUCCAGCAGCCUUCCUGGAGCAGCCUAGUGAAAAAUAACUGUCCAGAUAAAGGCGGGGCCAGCUCCUCCAGCAGGAAAGGAAGCAGCAGCUCUGUCUGCAGCGUGGCUUCCUCCUCUGAUAUAAGUCUGAGCUCCUCUGUGGGGCUGGCUGGUGUAGGGGGUCUGCAGCUAGACAGGAGGGCUGAGGGGCUGCUUCUGGACCAUGGCAUUGGGGUGGGAGGAGUAACAGGAGGAGGGAUUGGCUGUGACGGACACCAGCCAGAGCCAAUCGUUGUGCUCUCUUCUGCAGCAGAAGGUGGAUCCGGUUCAGCGUCCAGCUCCAGCACGCUCACCGCCGACACAACUGCGACCGGAGACGAGCACCACUCCCCCACAACAGCUGACACCGACCCGGCGACGGCCAUCUCCAUGGGACUGGUGAGCGUGAGCUCUCCCGACGUCAGCUCAGUGUCCGAGUCGUCCAGUAAAGAUACGCACUCCCAGAGGCCUCUCUGCUCGGCGACGAACUCACGGCUGUCCGUCAGCUCCCUGCUGGCGGCCGGUGCCCCCAUGAGCUCCAGUGCCAGCGUGCCCAAUCUUUCAUCCCGGGAGGCCAGCCUGAUGGAGUCGUUCGUCCGCCGUGCGCCCCACAUGUCCCGCACCAACGCCACAAACAACAUGAACCUGAGCCGCAGCAGCAGCGACAACAACACCAACACUCUGGGCAGGAACGUCAUGAGCGCUGCUACUUCUCCUCUCAUGGGCGCUCAGAGCUUUCCUAAUCUCACCACCACCGGCACCACCUCCACCGUUACCAUGUCAACUUCCAUAGUAACCAGCGGCAAUAACGUAGCCACGGCAACCACAGGCCUGUCAGUGGGCCAGUUGCUAAGCAACACCCUGACAACCAGCCUGACAUCCACGUCCAGCGAGAGCGACACGGGACAGGAAGCUGAGUUUUCUCUCUAUGACUUCCUGGACAGUUGCCGUGCCAACACGCUGCUGGCAGAGCUAGAUGAUGAGGAGGACCUCCCAGAACCCGAUGACGACGACGACGAAAACGAAGAUGACAAUCAGGAGGACCAGGAGUACGAGGAAGUUUUGGAGGAGGAAGAGUAUGAGACUAAAGGAGGACGCAGGAGGACGUGGGACGAUGAUUUUGUCCUGAAGCGUCAGUUUUCUGCUUUGGUCCCUGCCUUUGACCCCCGACCAGGAAGAACGAACGUCCAGCAGACUACUGACCUGGAGAUCCCUGCACCAGGUUUAGGAGCGCCUCGAUCGGAGGUUCGGGAGGAAGUGGAGUGUGCUCCAUCGCCUCACCUCGCGCUCACUCUUAAGGUGGCGGGGCUGGGCACGACACGAGAGGUGGAGCUUCCCCUCUCCAACUUCAAGCUGACGAUCUUCUACUACGUUCAGCGGCUCCUGCAGCUCUCCUGCAGCGGAUCUGUGAAGACGGACAAGCUGCGCCGCAUUUGGGAGCCCACAUACACGAUAAUGUACCGGGAGCUGAAGGACUCCGAGAAAGAGAAGGACGGUGGAAAGACGGAAUUCGUGGAGCACAGCGGUUGGGUCGGGGGUCGCUCCGGCGGUCUGAGUCCGAGCUCAGCCAAUCAGAGCAAUGAGAUCCUGGGUUGGGCUAGGGAAGUAGCGCAGGCUAAAGCAGGCUGCAGCCAAAACGCAUGCGGGGUGGAAGAUGUCCUGCAGCUGCUGCGCAUCCUGUACAUCAUUGGAAGAGACUCGGUCUCUAAUCCACGCACCUUACAGGAAGAUGUUGAUGAGCUGCAGUUCAACGCAUCUUCAGAGGAGUUCACCAGCAAGAAGGUCACCACCAAGAUUCUCCAGCAGAUAGAGGAACCUUUGGCCGUUGCCAGCGGAGCUCUGCCUGACUGGUGUGAGCAGCUCACCUCCAAGUGUCCUUUCCUCAUCCCCUUUGAGACCAGACAGCUGUAUUUCACCUGCACUGCCUUUGGGGCCUCCAGGGCGAUUGUGUGGCUUCAGAACCGACGGGAGGCCACCAUGGAACGUUCCCGACCCUCCACCACAGUACGGCGGGACGACCCAGGAGACUUCAGGGUGGGUCGUCUGAAACACGAGCGGGUCAAAGUCCCCCGAGGGGAGUCCAUGAUGGAGUGGGCUGAGUCAGUCAUGCAGAUCCAUGCUGACAGGAAGUCCGUCCUGGAGGUGGAGUUUCAGGGAGAGGAAGGGACCGGUCUCGGUCCGACUCUGGAGUUUUACGCUCUGAUUGCUGCUGAGUUUCAGAGGACGUCUCUCGGUAUCUGGCUGUGCGACGACGACUUCCCCGACGACGAGUCGCGACAGGUGGACCUGGGUGGUGGUCUGAAGCCUCCAGGAUUUUACGUGCAGCGUUCUUGUGGACUGUUUCCUGCUCCGUUCCCCCAGGACAGCGAGGAGCUGGACCGAAUCACCAAGCUCUUCCACUUCCUGGGGGUCUUUUUAGCCAAGUGCAUCCAGGAUAACCGUCUGGUGGACCUGCCGGUCUCUCAGCCCUUCUUCAAGCUGCUCUGCAUGGGGGACAUUAAAUCCAACAUGAGCAAGCUGCUGUACCAGUCCCGCAGCUCGCUGCCGGGGCACGGACCCGAGCGGUCCCAUGUGCUAUCAGAGGUGCAGUCGGAAGCGUCCACAGAGGAGAGUCAGGAGACGUUCUCAGUGGGCAGCUUCGACGAGGACUCGAAGUCCGAGUUCAUCAUGGACCCUCCUAAACGUAAACCGCCCGCCUGGUACCACGGCAUCCUGACGUGGGACGACUUCCAGCUCGUCAACCCACACAGAGUCGGUUUCCUGAAGGAGGUGAAGGAACUGGCGCUGAAGAGGAGACAGAUCUUAUCCAGCAAGACUCUGUCUGAGGACGAGAAGAAUACGAGACUGCAGGACUUGAUGCUGAGGAACCCGCUGGGCUCCGGACCUCCCCUCAGCAUCGAGGAUCUGGGAUUAAACUUCCAGUUCUGUCCGUCGUCCAAAGUUCACGGUUUCUCUGCGGUGGAUCUCAAACCCAACGGAGACGACGAGAUGGUGACCAUGGAGAACGCCGAGGAGUACGUGGAGCUGAUGUUUGACUUCUGUAUGCACACUGGCAUCCAGAAACAGAUGGAGGCCUUCAAAGAGGGUUUUAAUCGCGUGUUUCCGAUGGAGAAGUUGAGCUCCUUCAGUCCUAAAGAAGUGCAGAUGAUCCUCUGUGGCAACCAAUCACCUUCCUGGAAUGCCGAUGACAUCAUCAGUUACACCGAACCAAAGCUUGGCUACACCAGAGACAGCCCCGGCUUUCAGCGCUUUGUUAGAGUUCUAUGUGGGAUGUCGUCUGAUGAAAGGAAAGCCUUCCUGCAGUUCACCACCGGCUGCUCCACGCUACCCCCCGGCGGCCUCGCCAACCUGCAUCCGCGCCUCACUAUCGUCAGAAAGGUGGACGCCACCGACUUGAGUUAUCCCUCUGUCAACACGUGUGUCCACUAUCUGAAGCUUCCCGAGUAUUCCUCCGAGGACAUCAUGAGGGAGCGUCUGUUAGCUGCCACCAUGGAGAAGGGCUUCCAUCUCAACUGACCUUCGACCUUUGCUGCUGUCACGCUGAGCAUGCGCCUCAAAAAUAGAAAUCAUCUGUCCGUGUUGCCGGGGCAACCAGCCAAGUGACUGAUAGACGGGCGGACGGACAGUCUGCUGGAUGGAGAGGUUCAGGUUGUGGAAACAUCUUCAGUCCUCGCUCCUGACACCCUCUCUGAUCCUGCAGGCUGGUGUGUGUCUGCGUGUGCGUGCGCGUCUGUUCGGUCCAGUGCCUGGUUCGACUUUUAGUUUUCCAUCAGUCGUGCUCGCUUUCGUUUUUCCUCCUCGACUUGUUUUCAGUUCGUCUUCAGUUACAUUUCACUUCUGCGUGUGCGACAGGUUUUCGGUUUGUUUCUGACCCGAUAGAAAGGUCAAAGUUCAAAGAGCUUUUUGUGUUUAAUUUCUGACGAGCUACAAAGACAUAAAAACAAAACACUGGUUGUGUGCGAUGCACAUUUAAAGAUGAGACAACAACAAAAAGCUCUGCUCUCCCUGUAUUUUCUUUGUAUAUUAUAAACAUUUAUUUAACUGAAGUUGCAGUUUGGGGUAAACAGAUAUUUUCAAAUGUGUAUGCUCCAAAAAAUAAUCAUUAAAAUGUUUGCAAAGUAUGAAGUAAA